CUCCAAUUCCCAGAAUGCAACACUAGUCUGACGAUCUCCCGACUGAGGAAGUGGCCUUUUUAAAAUUAUGAUGAUUUCGUGGCAUUAGACGGGUUAAUUGUCUUUGCUUUUAUUGUUUUGAUCGCGCAUGUGUAAUUGAAGCGUGUCUUUGAUCACUAUUGAACUGUAUCGAUUAUUAUCUGUCGCAGUCACGAUAUGACAGUCAUCUGAAACUAAUGAAUGAACUGAAAACAUCUGUAGCCUAUGUUAAACGAGAAUCUGGCGGAUUUGACUGUAGCCGCUGUUAGUUUAUGGAUACUGGAUGUACUUGAGGAAAGAUCUCGGAAGAAUCGAAGGUGAAUCGUGUUACACUGUUGCAGCCGGUCACUCGCGACAUAACGCUUUGAAUACAUGUGCUGUUAGAGGACAAGCCAAGAGAGAGAAUUAAACUACACACUGAUCCUCAUCGUCAUGGAUUAUAUACACACGGCCAGAUCAGUGGAAGAGCGUCUCUUGAGCUACAGAAAAGACGAGUCCGGGUGGAAAACAUGCAAGAAAACUAAUGAUGUUGUGGUGUACUGGAGACCAUCGUGUGAAUUCGCGGGAUAUGUGUAUAAGGGGGAAGGGAUCGUCAAUGGCAGUCCAGAGAAAGUGUGGGACUGCUUGAAACCUGAAAUCAAUGGACUUCGUGUAAAAUGGGAUGCUAAUAUAAAGAAGUUUGAGCUGCUUGAGCAGGUGUCUGCGGAUGUUUUGAUCUGCCGAACCGUCACGCCUUCGGCUGCUAUGGGCAUCAUAUCACCUCGAGAUUUUGUUGAUGUCAUUUCCAUUAAACGCUAUGAGGAUGGCACGGUGUCAUCAAACGCGACCAAUGUAAGCCAUCCAAACUGUCCUCCUCAACCCGGCUAUGUCAGAGGAUUCAACCACCCGUGUGGCUGCUUUUGUGUUCCAGUUCCUGGGGAACCAGGCAAAACACAGCUGUUCAGCUUUUUCCAGACGGAUCUUGGAGGUUUACUUCCUCGUUCGGUCGUCGAUUCAUUUUUCCCCUCUAGUAUGGUAGAGUUUUACAGCAACCUGACCAAAGCUGUAAAAUCGAUGAAAUAGCACCAAUGACACUUUAUAGAAAAUGUCCCCCUUUAAUCUUAAAUGUGAAUAUUUGAUAAUUUGACACACCUUGCAUUUAAUCAAGCUUUAGAUGGAAAGUGAAAUGACCUUAAUCCUGAUUCUUCCAAUAGCUACAGUACAAAUGUCCAAACACACUUGCACAUAGUCCGUUUUAUAGGUAUAAGGCACUGGAUCAUUUGGUUUACCAUGUUAGUUCAUAAAUUCUGAAAACUAGUGAUUCAAAUGGGGAACUAUUGCACACAAAAGACAUUUACACUUAUGCAUUUGGCAGAUGCUUUUAUCCAAAGUGACGUACUGUGACAUUUUAUCAGUCAGUUUGUUUCAGGGGAAUUGAACCCAUGAUGCUGGUGUCACUAGCAUCAUGCUCUGCCAGUCCAGCUACUCCAUCAGGGUGAUUUUUUUUUUUUUUUUUUUUUUGCCAUAAUUCAGGGGUGUGAUCCUAUAAUGUAGCAUGAUGAUAAAUUUGAAAAUAAUUUCAUUCAUAUAUGGUAAACUUCACGGCUCCAUUAUAAAACCUAGUGAGACCUUGCUUUCUACUAAGUUGAAAGCAAGGUCUCGACUCGCAGUUGAUUUGAACAGAGUUUGGCAUUAAAGGAUUAGUUCACUUCAGAAUUCAAAUUUCCUGAUAAUUUACUCACCUCCAUGUCAUCCAAGAUGUUCAUGUCUUUCUUUCUUCAGUUGAAAAGAAAUUAAGGUUUUUAAGGAAAACAUUCCAGGAUUUUCUCCAUAUUUCUCCAUACACAUCCAUGAGCAUUUGUGGUUAAAAGGUAAAUAAUUUUUAUUUAGAAAAUGAGCGAUGGUUUCUCUAGAUAAGACUCUUAUUCCUCAUCUGGGAUCAUGUAGAGCUCUUUGAAGCUGACAUUUGGACCUUC